AUGACCCUUUCCGGUUAUCACAUUUGUUUUACUGGUUUUUACGAUGAGGAGGAAGAUGACGACCAGCAUGUUGAUGAUAACAACAACAAGCAUCCCAUAUCUAUACAAGGAGGAGGAGGAGGAAAUCAUAUCUCGUGGUCUCUGCGUAGAAUUCGAGCCUUUGCGGAAUCCCUUGGCGCUGUUGUGCAAACGCACAUCACCCGACGGACGACUGUUCUCGUUGCCGGUCAAGGACUCACACGAAAACGUCUCGUGGCUGAACAACACCGUAUUCCUGUUGUCUCUACUCGUUGGCUUGAAUCCCACGGGAGAUUGGCCUUUGCAGAUGCGAAACUGUUGCCCUUAGCCGGAUAUAUAUUCUGUGGAACCCAAAUGACCACAGAUGAAGAAAAGGCUCUUAUUUCUAUUAUUGAACGUCAUGGAGGGGAUUUUGAUCGCACACUUACGGCACGUACAUCGAUGUUAUUUGUACCGCCUGGAUGGUUUAAACAAUGGCAACAACAACAACAACGCCUUUCUGGUCGUUUCUCUACAGGACCACAAGGAAGUUCUGUAGCGUCACCUGCUCUUCCUGAAAAGAUAAGAUUUGCGUGGGCUACAGAUAUUCCCAUUGUGGAGUACACUCGUUUUCUUACAAUGGCGGCAUUAGGUAGUAGUGUCAGUGUCAUAGAUGAUAAUAAUAAUAACAAUAAUAAUGAGAUAAAUGGAAAAAGCACGAAAGCCCCUUCGAGAACUGAUUUUGAUACAAUUGCUCAACUCUGUGCAUUACCAAUAUCCGUUGUUGGUGGAGCUGUACCUCACACACAGCGAGAUAGUGCACCACCACCAGCAAUAAUAACAACAGCAACAACAGUAGCAGCAGAAGAGACAGAAAAAUCACCACAAGGAAGAAGGACAAUGGUAUUUGUAGACAAUAGUGAUUAUGAUAAUAAUGAUGAAAGUGAUGGUAAACAUAAUAAUAAUAAUAAUGUUAAUGAUACUACUAAACAGACCCAUGUGAAGGUGGAUGAAGUAAAGAAUGAUUUGGUGGUAGUGAAGCAUGAGACCGGCACAUUGCAGGAUACUCAUUGUGAUCACCAGAAUACAAACACAAUCGGUGGUUCAUUGCAGGAAGAGAAAAGGAUGACAACAGUGAAUCUAUCGUGUCAUCCCUCUACUAAUACUAUUUUAGGCAAUGAAAAUAAUAAUAAUAAUAAUAUACAUAAUAAUAGCAACAGUGUUGAAGGGGAUGAAAAUAAUUUCUUCUUCUCACAAAGUCGUCCUUUUCUACAAGUAGCACUAUUAGGAUGUAGUGCACGUGAGUUAGUGGAUUGCAUCCGCAUGGUGAUAACUUGUCGCUUUCUACGCACUUCUAUUGUAACCCCUCUCACAGAUGUUAUUAUAGUGGGAAGUGAAUUACUUCAGCUAUCUCCAGAGGGUAUGAAUAAAGGAAAUAAUACUGAUAGUGUAAAGAAUAGAAAUCAACAACAACAACAACAACAGCAGCAGCAGCAGCAGGAAUAUCAACAACAAGGACAAGUUUUAUCUCAACUACGUGAUCAUCUUUGUGCUAGUUAUGGUAUACCUGUUGAACGUAUAGUGACAGUUGCAUGGCUGCAGUCCUGUUAUCAACAGAUGAUGAUGCUUCUGCAUGAUUUACAUAAUGUGAAUACUACUAUAAUGACUUCAACUGGUGAGACUAGAAGUUCGUCCUUCGUUCCUUUACCACUCCCACUAAACAAAGUUCCUCCAACUGAAGGGUUUAAUAUACGUAUCUCAUCCACGGUAUCACUCUUUGAUGUACCUCAACAACAACAACAACAACAACAACAAGAGGAAGGGAAAAAACAACAAUCAGAAAUGUCUUUACCUCGACUGAGAAAGAAAAAGGCAGCAGCUACGGAUUCUUUACAACAAAACAGUAAAAAAUCCCGACUUGAAGUUGCUGUACGAGAUACUCUUAGUGAUGCAGAAAAGCAGUAUAAUGCUGAACUCCAUCUAGCAGACCGUCGAGUUAAGGAUCUCCUUGAGUUAUUGGGUACAUCAUCAAACCCUUAUGAAGAUUCGUUACCCCCACUCAUUUCUUCUCUCUUUUGUUUUCUGGAGAAUGACUUCUCACGUAUUGAAUUAGCAGUUGUACGGGCUCUUAUCAAACACGGUAAAGGAAUCUGGAUAAAAAAGACUCGAGAGGAGUGGACCAAGGCCCUAACACGAACUGGAGCUACAAUAGAAGCAACAACAACAACAACAACAACAAUGGAAGAAAGUCAACAGAAACAACAAGAAGAACGUGAACUCUUAUCCUUUGUCCGCCGACGCAGUGUAUUUCACAAGCGACUAUGCCGCGCCCAAACCGAUGGAGAUGCGGCUUCCACACAUCAUUCUAUACAAUCUGACAUUCGACAGAGUCGAAAACUUUCACCAUCAUUACCAGAAGCAUCUGGAGCUGUUAUCGCUAUGUAUGUUGUACCGCAUGGGGAUCAACGCCCUUCGGAUAUUCUUCUUCGUAGUGAUGGUAGAAAAAGUGGGGGUUCACAGUGGCAUCCAUUGCGUUAUCUUCCAGCAGUUACACAAGACUAUGUGCUUUGUUGUUUAGCGGCACAACGCAUAUUACACCCGAAUAGUUGUUUUAUUUUUUAUCAACCAAUUCCAACAGAGAAUGAACGACUUGCACGGCGACGAUUACGUAGUGAAGCGGGAAAACCACUCACUAUCUCACCUUGGCUUGGUCAAAGACGACAUGAAAAGGCACCAUUGGUAGGCGUUUCUGUGUAUUUUCACUGUAUAAUGGAAGAUGAAGUGUGUACGGCUACCACAGCAUUACGUCGAGUCCUUUUAAGUUGUUUGACAGCAGCCGUAAGUGAAUUGGGUGGACAUACGGCGGAGGUGUUUUUACAGGAGGCGGUUACACAUGUAGUAAUUAUGGAUAUUGCCUCUAUCAUGGCAUCUGGGACCAUAACAGAAACUUCAGAGAUUCUUCCAUGGUUAAAAGUAGAAGAAAUGGAAGAACGUGAAGGACUUCUCACACGAAAUGCUGUUUGGCCAGAAAGAAUACAAAAUACAUUAAGGUAUGAUCUUAUGAGACUUGCCAAAACAGGGCGGGUAUCACUUGUGGGUAUGGAAUGGCUCCACGCGAGUGUGGCGUGGGGUGUAUUUCUAGAUGAAACUCCAUUCACACUUCCGAUAAUAUCUAAUGAUUAUACAGAAGAAAAACAACAACAACAACAACAACAACAACAGCAGGAAGAAGAAGAAGAAUAUCAAGGAGAUCAUCCAUGCGAUGCGGGACGUCCAACAGUAGCCUUCUCCACUAUUACACCACCUGCUACACCACAACGACGACGUGUUGGAACUACAGAUGUCACACUUUUACCUUUUGAAAGUUCCACAAAAGUGGCAACCGUAACAUCAAUGGUUGAGGGAGUCUCACCAUCAAGUAAGAUGACUGGUUCUGGUUAUCAGUUUGAUUUUACAACUCCUAAUGCAACUCCAGGUCGUCCACAUCUACAGCAGGAUGUGUUGAAUAGUAGUCGUAUUAGUGCCUCACGGCAAAGUUGUCCACGAUCGACACUACGUACACCACAGAAACAACGUGUAGGUGUUCCUCGUGUUCUCUCACCCGCUGUGGUUCUCGUACAAGAGGCAGCACCCAUUCAUGUAUUGGAAUCCCCAAGGAAAUCGGAUAGUGAAGAACCGCAAAAGAGGGAAAGUGUACCACAUGUUAGUCAAGAUGUGGAUAACAAUGGACACGCUUGCACCCCUAUUCGGGGACCACGCGUACUUGGUGAUGAUGAUGAUAAUGACGAUGGCGAGUAUGUAUACUCUAAUAAAAAGCCUCUUAAUAUUAAUGAAAAUAUCAGGGAUAGUACCACAGUCGGUAAUAAUAAUAGUAUGUGUCUCAAUGAUGAUGAUAGUGAUAAUGGUAGGGCAUCAUGUACACGGUUUAGCUGCCUUAGUUUAGGUGGUAGAAGCUCUGUAACAGCUCUUGAAAUGGCACAACAAUGGGACCCUGAUGCGAAUAGUAAUAGUAUUCGUCCGUUACGAUCCCCAUCAUCUGUUGCUGUACAAAUGGGUGCAGAAGUUUCUUCUUCUUCUUCUUCACAUAUCAAUAACUAUGGUGGUACUGGUACUGGUAGUGGUAGUAGUGGUGCUGUGCGUAUUCAUAUCCUUCAUGAUGUACCAGAAAGAGAUAAGUUGGUAACUUCCUGUAGAAGACUCAGUGACUCUGUAUGCAGUGAGGUUGAGAAUAGUAUGAAUAGUACAGACGGUUAUCAUGGAACGUUCUGGCAACAACAACAACUUUUUUAUCACCAAGUAGAUAUGGCAGGUGUUAUCACUCGUGUUCAAGUUAUUGAACGAUCUGUUCAAGAUGCCGAUGUGCUGGUAACACAUCAAUUAACACAACGAGAAAGUGUUCUUGCUGCUAUUGCCGCUGGUUUGUGGGUAGUGACUCCCAAACUUCUUCAGGAUUGUGAAAUACGUCAGUCAUUUCUUCCAUUUCGUGAUCUUUCUGUGUAUGAGUGGUGUCCAGAACUUUUACCGCCUGGGGCACCUCGUAGUAGUUUACAACUCUCUAAACAAUGCCGUAGUCGUCGACAACAACGACAGGCGACGGGAACUCGUUUAUUUGAUCAUAAAUGUUUUGUACUUGUCUCACCUGAUACCACAGUGAGUCUCUCUCGUAUGCGAUCUAUGCGAAAUGUUCUUGAAACUGGAGGUGGUUUUGUGAUCCAUGUAAGCUAUAAGGAAAUGGAUUCGAACUCUUCACAAGUUAGUUUGAAAACAACAAGAGUCACCACAACACUUGGAUCUGAAGAAGGAGGAAUGGGAAUUCAUAUAUCCUCCCCUGAGGCAUUGCUUGAAUUUAUUACCAUGUUAAUUCGAGGUAAAGAAAAUGAUUGUAGUGAUGAAAAGUGGGAUUUAUUAUCAAAUGCUACAAGAAAAAAAUCAGCUUUAUUACAUGGGAAGGAGUUAUUGAUAUUAUUAGAUGGUUUCGUACAAGGAAAUAAUACAACGAAGGGGGAAAUACAUUCAAUGGUGGAAGUGUUCCGGCAUGCACAAAGUCAAUUCACAGAGGCUAGACAACAUGCAUUGGAAAAGAGAAACUACAAAAAACAACAACAACAACAACAGUGGGGAUUUGGAAAUCCGAGUAAUGGGAUACAAAGCAGAGAUAGGUUACGCAGUAUUGCAGAGAUGCGACCACCACUUGAUGAUAUUCGAAGGCGUUCUAUUCCGCACGUAACGUUUUCACCGACAUCUGCAGACUUGCAAGAGAAUCUCAACAUACAUAAUAAUAAUAAUGAGAAAGAUAAUGAGAAGGAAGAGGAGGGAAUGCCAUCUGUGGAACUUGUUCAGAUGUUCACAUCCGAUUGGAUGACAUUGGCAAUCCAACAACGACGAAAGGUACCUUUAUGUGUUGUGCCAAUUCUUUUGUAG